UUCCUUCCUUCCGUCCCCCAUCUUUGAACCUUCCUCCUUCCUCCUUCAUCCUCCGUCCGCGCUGACCUACCCCUACCGGCAACAAUCCCUCCUACAUAGCCACCCGCAAAAUCCAUUCCGACCACCCCGCAGCUCGCAGCCAGCAGCGCACAGCCCCCCUCCGGCACGCCGACGGACCGACGGACGGAGCCGCCCCACCCGCAGGCCACAGCGAGCGAGCGCGCGCGGCAGGGAGGAGGCCAGGGGAUUCAUUCGGGCGGAUCGAUGGCCAAGCUGUACGUGCAGGCGGUGCCGCCGCCGGAUCUGAACAAGAACACCGAGUGGUUCAUGUACCCCGGGGUCUGGACCACCUACAUCUUCAUCCUCUUCGUCUCCUGGCUCCUCGUCCUCUCCGUCUUCGGGUGCACCCCCGGCAUGGCCUGGACCAUCGUCAACCUAGGACACUUCGCGAUUACGUACCACUUCUUCCACUGGAAGAAGGGAACUCCAUUUGCUGAUGACCAGGGGAUGUACAAUAGAUUGACUUGGUGGGAGCAAAUGGACAACGGCAAGCAGCUUACUCGCAACAGAAAGUUUCUUGUUGUGGUUCCUGUGGUCCUGUACUUGAUAGCUUCACACACCACCGACUAUCAACAUCCUAUGCUCUUUUUAAACACCAUUGCUGUCACUGUACUGGUUGUUGCCAAGCUGCCCAACAUGCACAAGGUCCGGAUUUUCGGAAUCAAUGCCGGGAACUAAGCUGCACCGUCUCAGGGUAGACAGCACUCAGUGUCAUGUUUCAUCCGAAUGGCUGGAUGUGUUGCACCUAGUUCUGAAUUCGCUCAUCAGAGCACCAGCGUGUAGUGUUUGAGCUGUUAGUAGAUCAUGACAUGUGAUCAUUGUACAGAGAAACGCCAAAAGGCCUUGAAAUGAUACUGUUUUGCAACUUACCAACACACGUUUCUGUAGACUCAUUUUGCUGCUAUAUGUUUCUGUUGCGGGAAUUUGUUA